AUGUCAAUGCUCGCUCGUCGUGCUGCGCUGCGCGCCAUUCCCCGUGCUCGUGGGUAUGCCAAUACCACAGCCGAGUUGGCGAAGACGCAGUGGGCGGAAAAGCAGGUUGCUUUGAAGACACACGCUGCCGAAACCGCCAAUCUCUGGCGUAGGAUUAGUCUCUUCGUUUGUAUCCCUGCUAUCGGUGUCUGCGGUCUUUGGGUCCGCAACGUGGAGGCAGAGCACAGUGCGCACCAGAAGCAUCUCCAGGCGGAGCACGGCGGCCAUCUUCCCGAACCUCCCGCGUACGAAUACUUAAACAGGCGCGCGAGCGGUGGCUUCCCUUGGGGCCAGAACACCCUUUUCUUCAACCCUCGCGUCAACAAGGAUAUGUCUCAGCAGUAGUAGAUUUUCGAGUGAAUGCAAUUCCACUGUGACGGAGGAACCGGGCGAGAUGAUUCGAGGAAUAUUCUGAAAUAGUCGAGACCAAUCGAGGCCGACGCAUGAAGCCACCAUGGUCCGAAUCCAGGCUGAUGUGAGCGUAGAUUUGCAAAUUGAUUAUCGGUAAAAUCGUCAAUACUCAUGGGCAAGAUGGGUUGUCGACGGUGAAGUGUUAUCGAGCUUGUGCCCACAGCUCAUGUCCAAUCUGUAAGUGCGAAGACAAUAUGCAUUACGGAAGGAAGGCCGAAGUGUAAAUGAGGCAUAAUAAAUGAGUCCGCAAAGCAUCGAAACAGAACUCCACCAUGUUGACGCAGCAUCUCACAAGGUAACGAAGGCACCGAAAACCACACCGCCCAACGUGACAGCCAUACUAGCUAGCAGAGACGUCGAAACAUCCAAUGAAUGCAACCCCAU